AUGGUCAGUGAUAUUGAAAAGGCAUUCCAUCAAAUAGAACUCAACCCAAAUGAUCGCGAUGUCAUACGAUUUCUGUGGAUUCAAGACAAAAAGCAACAAGUAACUCAGGAGAACAUUAUCAUCUACAGAUUUGAACGUGUGCCGUUCGGGGUUAUAAGUAGUCCAUUUCUUCUAGCCGCAUUAAUACGACAUCAUUUGAAUAAAAGCAAAACACCCUUUGCCAAGGCAUUAAUGGAUAAUUUGUAUGUUGAUAAUGCAACGCUUGAUGCUGAGACCACUGAUGAGACAAUUGAAAAAUACCAUCAAGCUAAGAAAUUGUUCAAAGACGCAAAAAUGAAUUUGAGGAAGUUCCUCUCGAAUAACUCAAAAGCCAAUCAAGCAAUAAAAGAAGAUCGCCAAUCUGGAAGAAUCACAAGGAUACUCGGUGUCACAUGGGAUAUAGAAGCUGAUGUGCUACAUAUCAAACUACUAAAUGAGGAUAGAGGAACCGAGUCGUUAAGCAAAAGAAUGAUACUUGCCUUAGUUGCUAGGAUUUAUGACCCACUGGGUUUAAUCUCACCGAUAAUUUUACUAAUGAAAGCGUUUCUUCAACAACUAUGGCAAGAAAAACAUAGUUAG